AUGCACAUACGCACGCUGCAGAUGGACCGCGACGUGCUGUUCACCGUGAAGAACAACUUCUACAUCGGCGCCUUCAACAACGCCAUCAAUGAGGCCUCCGACCUGGCGGGGCUGUCAGAGGCGGAGGCCGCUGACAAGGAUGCGUUUGUGUACCGCUCAUACAUUGCACUCGGCAGCCAUGACCUGGUGAUCAGUGAGAUCCCUGACUCUGCUCCUAUGUCAGCCCUGGCCAUCAAGCUGCUGGCGCAGUACUCGGGGAAGAGGGUCCCCCCGGAGGCCGCCGCCGCGAUCCUGUCGGAGUGGAUGGACGACUCGGCCUGCAACCGCAACCCGUACGUGCGGCUGGUGGCGGGGCUCAUCCACGCGUCGGAGGGCAACGAGGUCGAGGCCCUAAAAGCAGCCAACAACGGACCCCUCACGCUGGAGCUGAUGGCGCUGUGCACUCAGAUCUACCUGCAGAUGAACCGCGUCGACAAGGCGGAGCAGCAAGUCAAG